AUGACUAAAAAUCCUCCUUUCGUGAAUGGCCACUCAUAUCCUGCUGUCAUAUUGCCCAACAAGGAAAAAGGACGUUUGGGGGGCUUUUGGAAGGCCCCUUCUGCUCAGAUGGAAAGUGGGCUCCAAAAAGAAUUUGAUGUUGGUCAACAUGCAACUCAAAAUGAAGAUGGCUUAAAUGACUUGACUACUGUGGGUACUGGUCUGUUUGGGAAGAAACCAACACUUUUGGACAGCAAACCUACAAGCAACAUUCCAUCAGCUUCAGUGAACAAUUCCGAAGAAGCCAACAAAGAUUUGAUAUCUGGGAAGCCACUUCCAGUGCCAUUUACUAAAGAGAAAUGGUCACUGCCUGAAAAUGGUUUACAGGCAUCAUCUAAAAAGCAAGCAAAGCCAAUGUCGCCUUUCAAUCUGGUUGAACCAGAAGUGGUGAAGACCAAACCUCCACUACCCUACAACCGGAAAUCACUGCCUCGAUAA